CGGCGGCGCGCCGCUUCCGGUCCCCAACGCCGGUGCGAAUGACGGCCCCCCUCGGUAGAACCGUAGCCGGUCUCGCCGCGACCCCCGGGAGCCCACGAUCGCGCGGCGCAGGCGGCGAGUCCAUCAGCACCGGCGUCCCAACCGCGCCGGGACCAUGGCCACAGACUCGUGGGCCCUGGCGGUGGACGAGCAGGAAGCGGCGGCCGAGUCGUUGAGCAACUUGCAUCUUAAGGAAGAGAAAAUCAGACCAGAUGCCAAUGGUGCUGUUGUCAAGAUCAGUGCUAAUGCAGAGAAGAUAGAUGAAGGAGAAAAAGAGGACAGAGCUGCCCAGUCCUUACUCAACAAGCUGAUCAGAAGCAACCUUGUGGAUAACACAAACCAAGUGGAAGUCCUGCAGCGGGACCCAAACUCCCCGCUCUACUCAGUGAAGUCCUUUGAGGAGCUUCGGCUGAAACCACAGCUUCUCCAGGGUGUCUAUGCCAUGGGCUUCAACCGUCCAUCCAAGAUACAAGAGAACGCGUUGCCUUUGAUGCUCGCUGAGCUCCCACAGAACCUAAUUGCCCAGUCUCAGUCAGGGACUGGUAAAACAGCUGCCUUUGUGUUGGCUAUGCUCAGCCAAGUAGAACCUGCAAACCGAUACCCCCAGUGUCUGUGCCUUUCCCCGACUUACGAGCUCGCCCUUCAAACGGGAAAAGUGAUAGAGCAGAUGGGCAAAUUUUACCCUGAACUGAAGCUAGCUUACGCUGUUCGAGGCAAUAAAUUGGAAAGAGGCCAGAAGAUCAGUGAGCACAUUGUCAUUGGCACCCCUGGGACCGUCCUAGACUGGUGCGCCAAGCUCAAGUUCAUCGACCCCAGGAAGAUCAAGGUGUUCGUCCUGGAUGAGGCUGACGUGAUGAUAGCUACUCAGGGCCACCAGGAUCAGAGCAUCCGCAUCCAGAGGAUGCUGCCCAGGAACUGCCAGAUGCUACUUUUCUCCGCCACCUUUGAAGACUCGGUAUGGAAUUUUGCCCAGAAAGUGGUCCCAGACCCAAACAUCAUCAAACUGAAGCGCGAGGAGGAGACCUUGGACACCAUCAAGCAGUAUUACGUCCUGUGCAAUAACAGGGAUGAGAAGUUCCAGGCCUUGUGUAACCUGUACGGGGCCAUCACCAUUGCUCAAGCCAUGAUCUUCUGCCAUACCCGCAAAACAGCCAGUUGGCUGGCAGCAGAGCUCUCAAAAGAAGGCCACCAGGUGGCUCUGCUGAGCGGAGAAAUGAUGGUGGAGCAGAGGGCUGCAGUGAUUGAGCGCUUCCGCGAGGGCAAAGAGAAAGUUCUGGUGACCACCAACGUGUGCGCCCGCGGUAUCGAUGUUGAACAGGUGUCUGUCGUCAUCAACUUUGACCUUCCCGUGGACAAGGACGGGAACCCAGACAACGAGACCUACCUGCAUCGGAUUGGGCGCACGGGCCGCUUUGGCAAGAGGGGGCUGGCAGUGAACAUGGUGGACAGCAAGCACAGCAUGAACAUCCUGAACAGAAUCCAGGAGCAUUUCAAUAAGAAAAUAGAAAGAUUGGACACGGAUGACUUGGACGAGAUUGAGAAAAUCGCCAACUGAGCAGCUCCGCCAGUCUCUGGUGUCCCUGCGCCCCUGCUGCCCUGGAGCCUUGUGCUCUCGCGACACAGGCCUCAACGGUCCCCACGAGGGUGGAGGCCCGAGUAGAGAGGAACUACCUACCUCGUUCUAAAUUACGUUUGGACUUGACAAAAAUUGUGCAAAUAAUGGGGGAUGGUAGAAAACAUUGUUUACACAACUUUUGAAGAUUAGGCGUGAAUACACAUAAAUUUUUCAUUUUCGAAA